GUGUAUCCAAUUACGGUUUGAGUCAUCAUUAAUAAGAGAUUUUUUUUUUGUCUGCGACUUGUUAUUUCGCACAAUCAGUGAUUUAAUUGCAUUUAUCUUUCAUAUAUAAUUGUAAUAACAAUAGUGAUUAUAAUUAUAAUAAUUAUAUAAAUAUAAUAAUAUAAUACUAUAAAUAUAGAAUGGGUCAAAUACUUUCAGCUCCUAUAACUGAGAAACAUUCAGAACAAGGUCAAGAUAAAUAUCUUGUAUAUGCCUUAUCAUGUAUGCAAGGUUGGAGAAUGUCUAUGGAAGAUGCUCAUGCUACGGUAUUAAAUUUAAAUACUUAUAAACCAACUAAUGGAUCUUCAAUUAAAUUUAAUUCUUCAAAUAAUGAUAAUGAAGAUGAAGAUGAACAAGAUGGAGAAGAUGAAACUCAAAUAGAUGAUGAACCUCCAUCAACUAUUCAUUCUAAUUCUAAUUCAAUUUCUAAUACUACUGAUUCAAAUCAAAUAAAUAAUAAUAAUAAUACUAAUACUAAUAAUAAUGAUGAUGAUGAACAUAUUGCAUUCUUUGGUGUAUAUGAUGGUCAUGGAGGAGAAAAAGCUGCUAUAUUUGCUGGAGAGAAUCUUCAUCAAAUCAUUAAAGAAACUGAAGCUUAUGGUGAAAAGGAUUAUAUUAAUGCUUUAAAGCAUGGAUUUUUAAAUUGUGAUCAAAGUAUUUUAAAAGAUUUUAGAUUUGAUGAUGAUAGUGGAUGUGCUGCUACAUCUGUUAUAAUUACUCCUAAUACUAUUUAUUGUGGUAAUGCCGGAGAUUCAAGAACUAUUAUGUCAAUUAAUGGAUUUGCUAAAGCAUUAUCAUUUGAUCAUAAACCUUCAAAUGAAGGUGAAAAGGCUCGUAUUCGUAAUGCCGGAGGAUUUGUUGAUAUGGGUAGAGUUAAUGGUAAUUUAGCUUUAUCAAGAGGUAUAGCUGAUUUUGAAUUUAAAAAGAAUAUAGAUUUACCAGCUGAAGAACAAAUAGUUACUGCAUUACCUGAUGUUUUAUCUCAUAAUAUUAAUUAUGAUACAGAUGAAUUUUUGAUUCUUGCAUGUGAUGGGAUUUGGGAUUGUUUAUCACUGCAAAGAGCAGUUGAAUGUGUAAGACGAGGUAUUUAUGAAAGGAAAUCAUUAACUCAAAUUUGUGAAGAAAUUAUGGAAUUAUGUUGUGCACCAACAAGUGAUGGAUCAGGAAUUGGAUGUGAUAAUAUGUCAAUUUCAAUUGUAGUUUUAUUAGAUUAUAAGAAUAAUGAAACUUUAGAUCAAUGGUAUGAUAAAGUUAUUUCAAGAAUUGAAAAACUUGAGAAUAAUGAUAAUAAUAUUAAUAAUCAUAAUCUUACAUUUAAAUAUGGACCAAUAUCUCCACCUUAUGAACAAAUAUAUAAGGAAAUGUAUGGAGAAAUAUAUGAAAUUGGACAACAUGGAUCAAAUCAAAAUGGUAAUAAUAGAGGUAAUCUUGGAGGUCAAAAUAUUGGUCAACCAUUUUCAAUUAGUAAUAAUAUAUUUGGUACAAGAUCAUCAUUUCAUAGUAUUGAUGAUGAUUCACUUCAUGAUGAUGAUGAUGAAGAUGAAGAUGAACUCUCAGGAAGAGUACCACCAUCAUUACAAAAAUUAAUUGCUUCAAAUGCUAUAACUAAUGAAAAUGGAGUAAUAUAUUUAGAUACAAAUUCAGCUCAAUCUAUAUUACAACACUUUGGAAUGGCUGAAGAAUCUCCUUCUACUACUACUACAUCUAUUGAAGAAGAGGAUGAAGAAGAUGAAGAUGAAGAUGAUGAAGAUGAUGAUGUCCAUCAGAAACAUAUCGAAGAAGAAGAGGAUGAUGAAGAUGAUGAAGAUGAUGAUGAGGAUCUUGAAUAAAAGUCAAAGUCAAAGUCGAAGUCAAAGUCAAAGUCAAAGUAAAAGUACUAAUCACUAAUCACUAAUCACUAAUCACUAAUCCUCGUCCAGCAUUACCUCAUUAUAAAUUAAGAUUUCAAUUCAUUACAUAUUCUUAUACUACUUGAUCUUUAGAAUUUAUAUAUUUUGCUUUACUCAUCCAUUUCAUUCCCAUUAUUAUUUUUAUAUUAUAUCUAUCUUUUUACCUCUGUUAUUAUUAGCUACACUAAUUUAUACUUAUUAUAUUAUUUCAUAUAACUUACUUUAACUUUAACUUUAACCUUAACUUUCAUGAUCGUCAUUAAUAAUUCAUUUUUCAAUAAUAAUUGUUAAUAUAUAUUCUUGUAUUCUUUCGAAACAUGGUGACUAUAAGUAAAAAAA